AUGCGCGUAUCGGAAGGGAGUUCUACGUUCUCUGUAGGUCACCUGAGUGCGAUGUCUAAGGAGAAAGUAGAGAUUCCAGCCCCACCAACAUCAAAAUGCAUUCUUUAUUGGAAAAGGAAGGUCAAGUCAGAAUAUAUGCGCCUUAGGCAGCUCAAGAGACUUCAAGCAAACAUGGGAGCCAAGGCUUUGUUUGUAUGUAACUACAAAAAGGUCCAAGAAAAGAUAAACAUCCUGAAUGAUGACUGGAAAAAGCUUAGAGUUCAACCGAUUCAGUCAAUGAAACUGGUUGGGGGACACCCUUUCCUCAAACAGUGCACAGUUGAGAGUGUUUUCCCCAGUUUGAGCACCCAGACCUUGUUUAUGCGGACUCUGAACACCGUAGCCCUGGUGCCUAUCAUGUACUCCUGGUCUCCACUCCAGCAGAACUUCAUGGUGGAAGACGAAACUGUUCUGUGCAACAUCCCCUAUAUGGGAGAUGAGGUGAAAGAGGAGGAUGAAACCUUCAUCGAGGAGCUCAUCAACAACUAUGAUGGCAAAGUCCAUGGAGAAGAAGAGAUGCUCUCUGGUUCCGUCUUGAUCAGUGAUGCGGUGUUCCUGGAGUUGGUAGAUGCACUGAAUCAGUACUCUGAGGAGGAAGAGGAAGGGCAUGAUACUGCUGAAGGCAAACAGGAAGUUGGAAAGGAUGAGUUGCCUCUCACCCGGAAGAGGAAGAGGCUCUCUGUGGAUAGCAACAAGAAAUGUUCCAGGAAGCAUUUUCCAAAUGACAUGAUCUUUACUGCUCUUUCAUCAAUGUUCCCUGAGAAUGGUUUUCCAGAGGAUAUGAAAGAGAGAUACAGAGAGCUAACAGAAGAAUCAGACCCAAAUGUGCUCCCUCCCCAGUGCACUCCAAACAUCGAUGGGCCAUGUGCCAAAUCUGUUCAGCGGGAGCAGGCCCUCCACUCCUUUCACACACUUUUUUGCAGGCGCUGCUUCAAGUAUGACUGUUUCCUCCACCCUUUCCAUGCUACCCCCAAUGUCUAUAAGCGGAAGAACAGAGAGACCAAGAUUGAAAUGGAGCCUUGUGGGGCAGACUGCUUCUUGUGGUUGGAGGGAGCCAAGGAGUACGCUGUCUUGCACAACCCACGCUCGAAGUGCUCUGGCCGGCGUCGCCGCAGGCACCCCACACUCGGUGCCUCCGCUAGCUCCUCCACUGCGUCGGCCUCCGUGAGCACUGAAGCGAAAGAAGGCGACAGCGACAGAGACACAAGCAAUGACUGGGCCUCCAGCUCCUCGGAGGCAAACUCUCGUUGCCAGACACCAACCAAGCCAAAGCUGAGUCCUGCCUCGUCUCAGCCUUUUGUGUCUGAUCUCCCACUGGAGCCAGUUGAAUGGACAGGGGCUGAGGAGUCCCUCUUCCGCGUCUUCCAUGGAACUUACUUCAACAACUUCUGUUCUAUUGCUCGUCUCUUGGGAACCAAGACAUGCAAGCAGGUCUUUCAGUUUGCAGUGAAAGAGUCCUUGAUCAUGAAGCUGCCAGUUAAUGAACUCUUGAAUCCCUCCCAGAAGAAGAAGAGGAAGCACAGGCUCUGGGCUGCUCACUGUAGGAAGAUUCAGCUCAAAAAAGACAAUUCAUCUACUCAGGUAUACAACUACCAGCCCUGUGACCACCCGGGCCAUCCCUGUGACAGCUCCUGUCCUUGCAUCAUGACCCAGAAUUUCUGCGAGAAGUUCUGCCAGUGCAAUCCAGACUGCCAGAACCGAUUCCCAGGCUGCCGGUGUAAGACUCAGUGCAACACUAAGCAAUGCCCGUGCUAUCUGGCUGUCCGAGAGUGUGACCCAGACCUCUGCCUGACCUGUGGGGCCUCAGAACACUGGGACUCCAAAGUGGUAUCCUGUAAGAACUGCAGCAUCCAGCGGGGACUCAAGAAGCACCUGCUGCUGGCCCCAUCAGAUGUUGCUGGGUGGGGAACCUUCAUCAAGGAGGCUGUGCAGAAGAAUGAAUUUAUCUCUGAGUACUGUGGGGAGCUAAUUUCUCAAGAUGAGGCUGACCGACGUGGCAAGGUUUAUGACAAGUACAUGUCCAGCUUCCUCUUCAACCUCAAUAAUGAUUUCGUUGUUGAUGCCACCCGCAAAGGCAACAAAAUCCGCUUUGCAAACCACUCUGUCAAUCCCAACUGUUACGCCAAAGUGGUGAUGGUGAAUGGAGACCACCGCAUUGGGAUCUUUGCCAAGAGAGCAAUCCAGGCAGGCGAAGAGCUCUUUUUUGAUUACAGGUAUAGCCAGGCAGAUGCACUCAAAUAUGUUGGCAUAGAAAGGGAGACUGACAUAAUCUAACUGUAAUCACCACCAUUCUGCCUCAGCGCACUAGACAUGCUGCUUCUCUCAUUGCUGUGUGUGGUUGUGAAAGCUUCACUGCACCUUCAGAGAAGAAAAGGCCCAUCUCUUUCUACAGUACUGAGACUUUGGCUUCAAAUCCUGAUUGGUGGCCACAGGAAACUCUGCUAAAUUGCUUUUGAGAAGAAACUUAAGAGGCACUGAAAAGGCAAAGAUGGAACACCUGCUUAACCGCACUCUGUGGAGGAUCAGCUUCAGAGUGGGGCACUGGACCUUGCAACCUCCGUUAGCCCUUUUGAAAGAUUUGGUUUGAGCUGGAGAAGCUGCAUGCAAGAGCAGGAAGUGUCCCAACGCAAGCAGACCCCACCUGCAGAAAAGGCUAGCUUGUAAACUGCAUUGCAGAUACAUACUCUGUGGAUCUAGGUAUUUGUAGGCUGGCAAACGAUGGGAGGAGGAGGAAUGGAGUAUGAGAUUGGUUUGACAGAGAAACUGAGGGGAGUGUAGGGAAACAUGUAGCCCUCCAGAUGGAGUUGGACUGCAGCUCUCCUCAUCCCUCACCAUUGGCUGUGCUAGCCAGGGGUGAUGGGAAUUGCAGCCCAGCAUCAGGGUUACCCUGGGGUAGAGGGUUGACCAUGGAGAAACAGUAGAUGGCUGGACAAUGCUGGCAAAGCAUGGAAGAGGCACAACACCCUCUUGCUGUGUUGAGUCUUUGGUGUUGUUUAACUCUCUAUCCCAGUGCCCUCCCAGAUGUUGGUCUGCAAUUCCCAUGAUUUCAGCAAACACAAACCAGUGGCUAUGCUAAUGAGACUAUGCAAGGUAUAGUUGAAAACAUCUGGAGAGCACCAGGUUUAGGAAGGCUGUGAUAGGCCCCUGGAUACAUCAAAAUGCUGUUCUUCCUUGCUCUAUCAGUAGGUGAAGACAAAUUAGUAUAAGGAGUUCUCACAUCCAUCCUGGGAAGCACCUGAGUUACUUUCAGGCCCAUGAGGCUGGAGCAGUCGUUCCAGCAACAUAAAGCCAUUGUUUUGACUGGUGCGGUACUGUGCUUACUGAGUUGCUAAUCUGAGAUUUAUUUUUCUGAUAGCAAAUAUUAGGUUCUGUUGAUUUCACUUCCAUCUCCAGUCAAUUUUUUAUAUUUUUUAAUGUUUUGGUGGGAGGAGUAUUCCUUUUGCUUCUUCAGCAAAGAGAUCAUGCUUUCUCUUUCUCACCUGAUCUUCUUCCAAUGUAAUACUAAGCCUCAUACUUGGCAUUUCCGGAGGUUAAUUAACAUUCCUUAGUUGUUAAGAUAGAUCCAAAUCUUUGAACUAGCACUCUUUUUAGCUCUUUUUGAACUGCACUCUUGAAGCUGGGGGUGGGGGGGGGGGCUUCUUAGAUGGCUACUUAGAGGGAAGAUAAGUAAACAUUGGUGUCCUGGGUAGAUGGAGACAUUAAAAAUACUAAUUUCUUGCCUCACUGACCACCCCAGUAUCAGAAUAUAUUUCCUGUCUACUCACAUACAAAACAAAACUAGCAUGCACUUUAGAAUAAUUCACUCCGUCAAGGUCAGGGUACUAGGACAUGAAAAGUUGAUCCCCUUCUAAUCCAUUGUGUUGAUUAGGGGAUGAAAACUGGUUCAUGGAGUUGUUUAGCCAGAAACUAGUAAUGAAAAAAUAGCUUAUUGCACUGUUGAAAGUAUUUGCAAGUGCCAGCAGUUAGACCAGAUCUUGUUCAGGGCGGAUGAGCCUUUCUCUCAGCAAAGUUGCUACAGCAGCUGCUGCAUUGGUUUGUUGAAUGGGAGAAGGGAAACAGGAAAAAUACUUGUAACCCUACGCUGAAUUAGACAGAUUUACAGUUGAGUUAUCAUGGAGUGGUAUCAUCAUAUUGACUAUAAUAAGAGCAGCAUUUGGCCAGUGGAAGAAAUUUUCAGUCACUGCAUCUUAAAGUAGCUGAAUUGUAAAAGGUGUUGUAUUUCUCUUGCUCUAUAAAACACUGACAGUUCAUUGGCCAAAUUCUCUUCCCUGUCCUUAGACCUAGGGUAAGUCUGGGACAUGUGCAAGUAAUACUAGUGACUGAGCAUGUGCAGAGUGCUUCUACUACUGUGUAUUUAUAACCUGCUCUCUACUAUCUGGAAUCAAGGGAAAGGGAUUGCAGAAAUGAGAACACAAUUGCUGAGCCGCCUGGAGUUCCUCAGUCUCUAGAAAUUACCACAGAAAAGACCGAAGCAGAAGGAACAGGUUUUAAUCAUUUUUGCUUUCUCCUGUAGCUAAAUUCUUGUGAUGGAAGAAAGCAUUUUAUCUAUUAAAUUUAAUAACCCACCCCAUUACUGCAUCCAACUGCACUGAAGCAUAGAGAACACUGGUAUUAAUUUUGGAAUGAGAAAAGGGUGCUAUAUAAUUGCUAGUUUCUUCUCUUUAUUACAAACUACUAGUUUGGAGCUUGUACUCGUAGCCCUCUCCUUGUGAUGGCUACUAGAGAACCCUCUACAUGAACAGCCACAAUGGGGGCAAUCAAAAGGCCAAGAAACUGACUGCCCCAUUUGCAACAGCCUGCUACCUCACAAUACAUACAGCGUAGGCGUGAGCAGAAAGUAGAGCAUCUAAUGUUUUGGACAUCAGCUCCUGACUAUUGGCCUUGCUGGUAGAGGCAUAUGAAGGUUGAAGAAAUCGCUACAGAUCUUCCUGAUGCCCACAGCACUAAAACACUGUAGAGGACACUUUUAAGAACUAUUUUAUGUUCUCAAAUAUCUUGAGGGGUACAAUCAAAUAGAUUAAAGCAUUCCUGUUCUGUAGCCUAAAGUUGAGGAGACGAAGUGGGAAAGCAUGGUCCCUGCUUUUUAGCUAUAAAAAGUCAGCAAAAUAAUACAGCUUGAAAGGCCUUGAGUAGUAGUUGUGGCUAGCCUUGUCCUUCAACUCCAGCUUAGAUGAGGGGGAAUAAGGUUUCAGGGGCAGAGACUCUGUUUCCUGCAGCCCUGAACCCUGCCUCAAAGCUGCACCGUCUGGGAAGGGCAGUAAUAGAAAACAGGGUGUGAAGAAGGGCUGCUAUUCUAUAUUUGGCCAGUGGGUUGAAGUGGCAUGCUCUGUUUGGUCAAGCCACAGUAAUUCAGCACUGGAUAUUGGCCUUGCAGAAAGUCACUAGCUUAAAGUGAUGCAUGCCUGUUUUGUCAGAAACUAGGCCUACAGUAGUGGGUGUCCUUUCUGUCUAUAUUUGCAAAAGUAGCUUGACUCAUAGGGGGAUUGUCCUUGCAGCUCAUGGAUGUUCAGACUUCAUAUCCAUAAUGCAUUAUAUUCUGUCUUGGACUACAAGCCUGUAUUGCUGCUGCUGAGGCACAGAAAAGAAGGGUGUAGUUCCAGUUCUGACAAAGGUCUGUAGUCCUUUUGUAAGUUUUUUAAAUGUAGCAGUGUGUAGCAGAAAGAACUUUUAUGCUUUGCCUUCUACCACAACUUCAUAGAACUGCUGUUCUUGCAGGGAAGGAAAAGGGAGCCUGUUAGGCCAAAUGCUGUCUGGCUUCUUCCUUGCCUGGCUGCUUGUGAUUCUACUUUGCUGCUGGCAACUUAUGUGCACUUUAUGUUUUAUAAACAUUUGUCUUAAUAAAGAUGCAGUGGCCACUGAA